ACAAUAACAUGUCAACAGAAACUAGUGGUGGUGUAACAUCAAAAACAAUAUUAGAAGAAUAUAAUCCAAUUCAUCAAGUUUUUUCAUCAUUCUCAAAAGAAGUCGGUGCAGAAUUUCCACUUGACGAUCAAGAUUAUCUUUCAUUAAUACAAGCUGGCCUUUCAAUGGUACCUGUAUUUGGUGAUUUAAUUAGUAGUUGUUUUGGUAUUAUUUGGGGUAAGUUUUUCCCAGCUGAGGACAAAUAUGUAACCAAAGAGGCUUUUGAAAAAAGAAUUAGUAAGCUUUAUCAAGAUAUGGAAAAGAAAAUUGGUAUAGCUCUUGAUGCCCAAGCUGCUGAUUGGUGUAAUACAAAGUUCAAAACAUUGUUGAAGGGUGGAGAGUUGUUUAAAGAGGCAAUUAAUGUUUAUCUUGCAACUAAAAAGAAAGGAAACUACAGUGGAGCAGAAAAAAUCAAAGUAGAAACUUUUAUUGUUGCACAUCAUGCUGUAUUUACCAAAUCAUUAAGUGAUGCUUUAAUAUUUUUCUCCUCUGAAAAGUAUGUAAAGUUUACCAUCAAGCUUUAUCUCGAAACUGCUGCUAUUUAUUUGGCUUUUCUUAAAGACACUUUAGUUUUUGGUAAAGAUUGGGGACUUCCAACAGUUUAUCUCGAAGGUAGUUUUGGUGUUAAAUCUAUUCAACAGAAAGUUCAUGAGGCAACUGCUGAUGUUUUUAAAACUUAUAAGCUAUUCAUUGAAAUUUUCAACAAAGAUAAGAAUCUUGCCGGUAAAAUGCCAGAUUGGAGUAUUCUCGUUGCUACAUAUCUACAUGGUGAUAUGACAUUAUAUCCACACAGUGUCCAUUGGCUUAAAAGACACAAAUAUGAUCACGGUUUAACAUCUUUCCUUCUCCCAAAAGAUAUAGUCCAACCACAUAUCUUUUCUAUUGAUGCAACUCAAGUUGGUAUAAUGUGCGAGGGUUUAACUCAAAUUUAUACAAACAAAAUAAAUGGCCAAACUUGCAAUUAUGUCAUGAACACAUAUGAUUAUGCUUUGGUAAAAGGUAUGGAGCGUAAAAAAACUUUAGUUUAUUUUACAUUAUAUGAAGAGGUACAAAGAACUUUAGCUUUCAGAUUCUAUAUUUCAAAUACUCAAGGAAACUACAAUGACUUUGAGUUGACAGUUAGAGAAUUGGAUCCAGAAAAAGUAGAUCAAAAGGAAAAACCAGGAUAUCACCCAGACGAUGCAUUUAAGAUUAAGCUAAAGGAACACAAACAAAAGAAAAUGAAAAAUAGUAAACCAUUUGUUUCACCAUACGGCAAUGGAAAUAUGGAUAUGUACCAAUCAGAUCCAAUCACCCUUGAAACAUCCAAGAUUUAUUAUGUUGAGUUUAUAUCAUCAUCAGAUAUUAACCUUGGUUCUUACUAUCACAGAGUUGAUAUAAUCUCUGGUGCAGCUGUUACAGACAAAUUAGCAUAUGAAGAAGGUGAUCGUCCAAUGAUCAAUGUAGAUUUAGAAGAAGAAAGUUCUCUUAUUGAUUUUGCAAAAUUAGGUGCAGAGUAUGAUGCCGCAGAAGCCAUGUUUUUAGCAAAUAAUGCCGUAGGUUCGGUUGUUAGCGGUGUUAAAGGUCUUUUUGGAAAAUAAAACUAUUGCUUCUUUUUUUUUAUUUAUAUUAAUAAAAAACUCAUAAAUAAAAUAAUUUUUUUUUAAACAUUAUUUUUAAUUAAAAAUCACAUUGUUUUAAAUCCAAAACC